UGAUAGCGAUCCUGGCAAAUGCAGGUCGGCCCCUCUAGUAGCCAGGAAUUCCUUGAGUCUCACGCUGCUUUCUUCCGCCGUAGCUCCACGUCCUCUCGCGAGGUCGGAGAGAUGACUCCUGGCUGGACUGUGGCAGCCACUGGCUAUCCUUUUGCGAGCCAUAGCCAUAAUGCCAUUGCUGUGUCGCUGACUUGACAAUGUGGCGUCCCGUAUGCUGCAUCAGGGACCAGUGAUCGACGGCGGAAUUGAUGGUUCACGCCCACGGGAAUCAAACGCUGGGGUUCAGCUUCAAGACGCGGGACUUAAGUACCCCCGCCAGACGGAGUCCUAUCCAAUCAUUAUCGAAGCAUAUUCGCGACAGACCGAGUCCUAUCCCAGCCAGACAGAAUCGUCUCAUAGCAGGACAGAAACGCACCCCUCGCAAAAUCCGUACCCAGCAGCCACCAUGAUCCUUCGUUCUGGCCAUCGAAACAAGGACUUUGACUAUGGCAACCAUUGGAGGGACUACGCGGGCUACUAGAUAGAUUUCGUUAGUGUUAGGUUUAAGGAUAUACGCGUCCAUAUAUUUAGAAAAUCGAUACAAUUGUUUUCCUAUUGUUUAUAUAUUUAUA